AUGUUGGUGCAAAUGCGAGGAGGGAUACUUUUCAGACGGAGUGGAUUGUAUUUGGUGCAGGCUCGCCGGAGAUUCGGACAUUGGGACGAGUUAUAUUCGAAAUACUAUAUAAAUGGGCGAGCCAUUGGAGGUGAUGAGAGGGAGGUUGUUGGGAAGCUAGGGCUAUUGACGGUGCCUCGGGUUGAGGAGGCCCAAGUACGGUGUGGAUUUAAGGGGAAGGGAGUUUCCAGGAUGCUUGAUGUGCUGUUGUUGGAUGUUUAUAGUGGGGAUAAAGGGUGGAUGGAGCAGUUUUUGCAGCGGGACAGGAAGCAGCGGAGUUUGAUCAGAUACGGUGUGGAUUUUGGGGUGAAGAGUGCUAGCGGGCUUGAUGAGGUGGUUACGUACGAGUUGCCGAGUCCCUGGCUGGAGAAGGCGGGGUGCGAGAUUCUGGAGCUCGGUUCGGAGUCUGAGUCUGAGGCUGAGAGUCGGGAGGGUCCAUCGGGGCGCCCCGAUGGGUGCCAUUUGUAUGUGAGUGAGAAGGGUUUCACGCCGGCCAGAUGGCCUACGUUCAGUGUAGUGCCAAGACAUGGUGGUAGUGGCAGCGAGGCUGGGACUGGGACGUCUCAUGAGAACGAAGUGGACGCGGAAACGGCGUUCGAUGUAGCGUUGAGGUUCUCCAAGGACAAAUCGUUGGUUUCAACGUACCUCGAUUCGCUCGACUCGACUAAUAUACUGGCCAUCUCCAAGAAAUUGCAAGCGAGACUAAACGACAAGAACCAGAUAUUCCGUGACUUGGAAAGGGCCGUGUUGACGGAGCUAUAUAGGGUGGACGAAUCCCCGCAAGAAUAUGAGAAAUUAAUGAAAUCAAGAGCACGCGUUGACGAUACUAUAGAAAAUUGGGCUCGAGAGGCGCAUAAGGAGUUGCAAGGGUCUAUAGAAAAACUAUUGCAAGACUUCGCGUCUAAGCAACUCUCUCUUUGGAAAGUUUACUCAUACUCCGAACCUAAACUAUCUCUGAAAUUACACGAACUCUGCAACAUAUCAAACGAUCUAGAAAUGGUACAAAAUUUGUCCCACAUUUAUGGAUCCCUAGGUAUACAACAGCAAAGGCUUUCCAUAAUAAGUCCCGAUUAUGCUAAGAACAAAGUGCCGUACUUGCAUAGAGAGAUUAACAAAUGCGUGUACAAAAACUUCUUCCAACUCCAAUUCCCACUUAUAGCUGUUUCUGUCAUUGGAUAUGUGACAGAGUUAUGUAGCGGCUACUCGAUGGGUGCGUUAGCCUCGUUGGGUAUCGUUCUUGGCUUGAAAAGAGUUAAAGACACAUGGUAUAACCUUCUACUUCAGUUCCAGCAGCAGAUUAGGGAAGAAUGUAGAGUUGGUAUCGAACUAAACAAACAGCUGUUGAGAAAAAAUUGGGAAGACGCUUAUACCCAAAAAGAAUCCGAAUUGAGUUCGAAAGUCGCCCUAUUGGAGCAGAUCUCGAAGGAACUAAAAUAA